AUGACGCCAACAUUCCCUUUAUUUCCUCUACUCCCACCCGAGAUCAGACUCGAAAUCUGGAAAGCUGCUUCCCGCGACCUGCGGCCAGGCGUUCACUUCUUUUCCGUUUGCCCGGGCAGUACGGACACACCCAUAAUCAUGCCUCCGGUCUUCGACGACGGCUUGCAGCGCCCGUGGACGCACGGCAACCCAUCGACCAUCGGCUUCGGAAACUGGACGGCCUGCAGCGAGUCGAGAGCUGCUGUGAGAGAGAAGAUGCAACCAGCUGUGGGGAACCGUUGCUUGGGCGCCCAGAGCAUGGUGGUCAAUGACAAGGACAUUUCCUUCGAUAUCAUCUUGGACGAAGACCUGAGGGUUUUCCAAACCCCACCAAACCACUGGGUGUAUCUCAAACUUGCUGACAGCCGCUUUCGCUGCGCGCCCUACCACUCAGCAGUAUUCCGGGAGAGAGUCGGGUUCGAGUACCACAGUUCAUGGGCCUUUAACCCGGCGGAGGAAAACAUCGAUGAAAUGGUGGACGAACCAGGCCCGCGCGGCUUCUUUCUUGGUCUCCUGAGGGAGAGUAUGAGUUAG